AUGUACACCCCUACUCCACUGUGUCUCUAUGCGGCCGUCACGCGCAGGCUGCAUUACAGCGGGGUGGGGGCGUCGAGUCAGUCUGGCGCUGCAUCUUCGCCAAGCACGGCGUCCUUGUCCACGUCGGAGGGUGUCAGCUACGCCUCGCACUUGGCUGCUUCGGAGGACCACUACGCACAGUGGGGCCGUGCGCUGCUGGAGGAGAACAACAGGCGAAUUGGGCCAGAGCAGAUGUUUCGCACUGCCAUUCGGGCCCAGCAGCAGCUGCAGAGUCUUGCUGACAAGUGGACGCCAGAUGCAAAGAUUUACUGCUGCGGGUCCUUGGUGACGCACGGACAGAUGGAGUGGGGCAGCGACCUUGACCUCGCCUGCGUCUUCGACGACCCAUAUCCCGAUCACUCUGUGCAGGCGAAACGCACGGAGAAACUGUGGUCUGUUAUUAAGCGGUACAUGCCGCACUACCUGAGGAGCAACCUCAUGUGCCUCACGGAGGCUCGCACCCCCGUCGUGAAGCUGCGCUACGUCAACGACGAUAAGGUCGGGCGGGCCCGGUACACCGUGCUGACCGAGGAGGAGGACCGCAAGUCACGCACGGCCCUGUGGGACAUACGGAACCGCUACCUAGGCACAAAGGAUCUCGAGUACAUCGCCACAAAGAUGGGGCGGGAAAACGUUGAGGGCAUCUGGGUGGAGCGGACGACGUACGGCUGCCGGUGCGCGGUGCAGUGCACGUCGCGCGAGCAAGCCAUCGAGGCCGUCGGCUUCUUCCCGGAUGGAGUGAUCAUGACCAAGGGCAUGCGUGAGGACUACACCCGAGACAUGCUGGACCCACGAUUCGUCCCAGAGGUGUUCAUGUACAAGUGGGAUAUCUCUUUCGUCGCCUAUGGCGUCAAGAACAGCUACUUGCUCCGCCAUUACUUGCACAGCGGUCCUCCAGCUGCCCGCCACGCGGCCAUGGCUGCCAAGGCGUGGGGCAAGGCCUCCGGCGUGGGUCUGGGGACAGCCGCCAUGCUCACCUCCUAUGCUGUGACCGUCCUGUUUGUUCACUACCUCUUUGCGACGCGUCAGCUGGCCUGGAUCGACCCGUGGUCGCUGGCCCACCCCGUCCACAUGCCGCGCUACCCGGACUUCUCUCCGCUCUUGGACUGCGACCCGGUUGCACUCGGCAAGCUCUUACACGGCUUCUUCAUCUACUACGCGGCGCACUUCGACUACGAGACGAAUAUCGUCAGCCUCAGCCGCCCGCGUGUCUCCCUCCGCUCUGAUGUGAACUGGCACUUUCCGCAGAACAAGCAAGGGACUUUCAGCUACCUCCUCGGCAUCGAGGAUCCAUACGAAGACGUCGGCACAGGCGGACUGAACCUUGGUCGCCACCUGCACCCAGCCAAGUUCAAUCAGGUGAAGCAGGAGUUCGCGCGUGCGGCGACCACGAUGGAGCGCUACGUGCCGUCGAAUUUACCCGAGAAGACGAUCCUCGGCGUCAGACGCGCGAGUUCGUCGAACCACCACCACCACUACCACCACCAUAACCGCUUUGACUAG